ACCACCUCCAUUCACGUUUCGCGUUUCUUCACUUUCUUGGAGAAUGUCGCUUGCAUUUCGUCCAUUUUCGCUAAUCUCUCGUCGUCUUUUUGUGACAACAGUUGCGACAUUUAGCUUUUUACCCAGAAGUGUGCAGGUGGAGAAAUUUUGCACUAACAGGGGCGAGGGGUGCGACGAUGGUGCUUCCAAAGCCAAGCUAGCGUCAGAGGAAUAUCAAGGGGGGAAAUAUACUACGGGGGAUACAAUAUUUGGCAAGAUACUUCGCAAGGAAAUACCGGCUGAUAUGAUUUAUGAGGAUGACAAGUGUAUAGCAUUCAGAGAUGUCAAUCCAGUUGCACCAAAACAUGUUUUGGUCAUACCAAGAAAACCAAUUGCUCGUUUAUCCGAGGCCAGUGAAGAUGACACACAGUUGCUGGGACAUUUAAUGAUGACUGCCAAGAAAGUUGCAAAACAAGAAGGAUUGCAUGAAUCUGGCUAUAGAAUUGUAAUCAAUGAUGGCAGAGAUGGUGCUCAGUCAGUGUAUCAUCUACACAUACACAUUAUUGGAGGUCGCCUGAUGAACUGGCCCCCAGGAUGAUGUAUUCUGUAGCAUUUGGCUAAGAUAAGAAUCAUUCACUUUUAAGAGAAAAUAAGGACUAUGUCAUUAAUAAAAAUUUUGGUGUUUGUUACGUACAUUUCAUAUUUUUUUGUAUUCUAAAAUGUGUGCAACAAUUUAAAUAUUUCAAACAUCAACACAAAUACUAAACUUUAUACAGUACAUAUGGUUCCACUGUACAACUUUAAAUUUUAAUAUUAAGGAUUAAAUUGUAAAUAUCUCAGUAAAACAUG